GGCGAAUCUCCUCAGGGCUUGGGCGGAUGCAGCUGAUGGCGGCCGCUCCCCAAAUCCAGGGGGCUCCCCCAAAACAGGGGGUCCCGAGCCCCCUCCUCCUCAGCCUCCUCCUCCUCCUCCCAGGCUGCCAGUGCCAGAGCCCCGCGUACCCCCCGGCUGUCCCCCCGCGCUCGGAGCCCCCGGAGCCGCUGGCCGUGGCCAUCAACCCCGCCUCCGGCCCGUCCUGCGGCUCCUCGGGCGAGCUCCGUGUGUGGCCCGGGCCUACGUCCCGCUCCGCGGCUCCCGGCGAGUCCCUGAGCCUCGAGUGCCGCUUCGAGGCGCCGCCGGCCGCCACGGUCACCUGGCUGCAGGUGUGUCCCCGGCGCCACCACAGCUGGGGCUGCAGCUGGCCGCAGGAGGUGCCGGCGGCGGGCGGGGGUCGUCAGGUGGACCGGGAGGGCUGUGUGUCCACGCUGAGGUUCCAGAGCCUGCAGCACAACCAUAGCGGGCUCUACUUCUGCCGCCUGCAGUUCGGCGAGGCGGCCGCGCAGUCCUGCGGCACCUUCGUGCGGGUGGACGAGCCCGUGCCGGUGCCAUUCCUGCAGCUGAGGGACGCCACCAAGAACAGGAUCCUGACGGCGCAGGGGGUGCUGCUGCUGCUCUGCGCCGCGGGGCCGGGGCUGCUGCUGCUCUUCAGGAAGCGCUGGGCCAAUGAGCGGCUCCUCCAGCCCAAGAAAAUCGCCCUGGAGGAGGAAAAUCUUUAUGAGGGGCUGAACUUGGAUGAGUGCUCCAUGUACGAGGACAUUUCUCGGGGGGUCCAAGCCACCUACCAGGACGUGGGGACCCCCCCCGCUGCCGACGGCCUGCUGGAGAAGCCUUAAAAGACCCCCAAAAUCAUCUCACGGGACCCCUCCCCAAACCCCUGCGUGCCCCCCACCCCACAAAGGCUUUGCUUUAGGAACUUAAGGCUGUGCUGAGCCCCCACCCCACCCCAAUAAAGCUGGUGAGGGUCUGGGGGGUGCUGGGGGACCCCCUCUCGCCUGCAGCGGAUAGAUGGCUAAUAAACAAUUGAUGAA